CUACUGUAAGUGCUCCCUGGUUUAGUUUCCAGCACUGUUCUUUCUGUGCUUAUUUUCAAUUAUUUGUUAUUUAAAUUUAAAGAAAAGGUUAAUUGUAGUAUUAACAAAUUUUGUUGAUGUAAUAACGUAAAUACAACGAAUAUAACGACUAAAGAUGAGCUCCAAGGAUAAAUCAAAGUUUAAAAUGUUCCUCAAGUCUACAAAAUCAGCAGGAUCUGCGGGAGAGCGCACAUUAAGGCCAGAAUUUGAGAAUGAGUUGCGGCCGGAGCAGCCAAUCGCGCAACGUUGCAAAAUGCUAAAAGAGUUGGGCGACCAGCAUUUGCACAACAUCAACUUGGAUGAGACUGCUAUAACAAAGCUGUGGCAUCUAACCAACGAUCUCAUUGUGCCGAAUAAACCGGCAGAAACCCGACAAAUUGCAUUGAGCUUCUAUAAGAGGCUCAUUUACACACAAUAUAAGAACCUGACGCUGAUGCGGGAGAAGUUCUUUCUGGUUAUACAAAAUCAUGAGGCACACGAGGACUUGCGUCAUCUCCUGGAACUCCUUGACACGCUCACAGAGAACGGCAAAGAUAUUACCAAUUUUGAAGAGAAGAUUGGCAAGUUUAUGUUGCUUUGGAUACCAGCCAUCACAGACGCCUCCCUGCUCUGCCCAUACCUAGACAUGCUGGUUAAUCUUAUCAAAUUUAAUGCUGCCCACUUGGACAAAGACAUUCUUGUUGGAAUUGUACAAAAUGCCUGCGAAUUGAGUUGCACGGUUGCCGAUGAUGACACCGGUCUGCAGUGCUUGACCAUUUUGGAGCUGGUCAUUGGUUACACCAUCUUCCCCAGCGAAACACUGCAUCAAUGCAUCGUUACUCUUUGUCGUACUGUGAAUCAUGCGCGAUAUUGCCAAGCAUCGUUUAAGAUAAUGAAAAAUCUGCUGGGCACACAACUUGGAUAUCAUUCAAUGAAGAUGAUGUGUAAUAUACUCAAUGAUCGUGGUCAAUACGAGGAUGCACAACUGUUGCGUGGCGCCGUCUUUCAUCUCAACAUGAACAUCUUUGGAUCAAACAUAAUCUUCCAGGUCUCGCCGAUGAUAUAUGCAAGUAAUGUGCUAACGGGAUUCCUUAGCGCUUUGGAUAGUCGACAGGUGAUCGUUACCUAUGAAGUCAUACAUAGUGUACGCAUGGUGAUCAACAAGCACAAGCUGUCGGAGAUCAUCUGGGACUUGAUCUGUGAUAUUAUGUCGACAAUUGUGGAUAACAUUGAGUAUUAUGAGCGUAACGGCGUUAGUAAGGAUCAAUUGCAUCAUCUACAAAUCAAUUUCCACGACAACAUUGACUGCAUUGAGAAGCUGUUGCAAGACGAGCGUGCUCAGAUACUGGGAGAAGUGGAUCGCAUAUAUGAUCUAAUCGAGCGAGUAGCUGAACGUCGCUCGGAGGCAUCAGUGCUGGGAUUGAUUGAGUAUAGAACACGUCGAGUGACUGCCACACGACCCGAGUGGUUGCUGCUUUUGGCUCAAUUUGUGUGUCGAUAUUACCGCAUGUCCAAUGUGAAUGUUCGCAUUAAGACAAUUGAAUCUCUGGUGCAGAUUAUGAAUCAAAAUCGAUCCAGUUAUGAGGAAGAGAUACUUGAUCGCGUUGUCGUAACGCAGCUCUCACAGAUUCAUCAAGAACCGAGUGUCCAGGUGCGCAUGGCAGUGGCACGAGCGCUAUGCAACUUUGCCGCUCAUUGUGACACGAAACGUUGCAUGGAAUUGUUGGACAUUUUGGAGGCGCUUAUUAAUCGACCUUUCGAGCAAAUGCGUCAGGUUGCCUCUGAGGGUAUGGCAUCGGAAAUGGGAAGCAGCAUCAUCAUUAAAAAUGAAAGUGAGAUUGCCGACAUAAUUGCAGCUAUCAAUGGGCUUGUUGAGGUUUUCGCUAUCAAGCUACAUCGUCUGCCUGCCACACAUGCCAUCAAAAUAUUUAAUAUACUGAUGGAUCAUCUGGAACUGCACUACGAUCGACCCAAGGUCUUUGAAAAUGCGAGCAUUGUGCGGCUAAAGAUCUUUAACUGGAUGCUAAAGGCACGUGCUAAUGCUUCUUACCACAUUGGUUAUCCCGAUGCCAGCAGUGGAGUUGUCAAGUUUAGUCAUUAUCUUGGCAUCGACUCGAACACAUCGCAAACACAAACCACAACAAUUUCGAUACGACGCGCCUGCAAACUGAUUGUGCGUUGUCUUGAACAAGACACUGACUAUCAAGUCUUCCAGCUGGUUAUCAAAGAGCUGCCCAAAGUGCUGCAGAACAUGGCACUCAUUCAGGGCAACGACAUCAAGGAGCUGGCCAACACCUUAUUCAAGAUCCACUCGGUGAACCCGAAUGAAUUCAAGCCCACCGAUGAGUUUCACGCUCUUGUGCUGCCGGCAAUUGCCUCUCUGGGCAUUUACUACGAGAGCAUGCAACCACAACAGCACAAUAGAAUCAUUACGGCUCUCAAGUCACAUAUAUCUACGAGCAUUGCUAGCGUCUGCAUCAACACGAUGACCAUUCUAAUUCUAGAAAUGCCCGAGGCACUGAUGCGACAAUUGCCUGAUGUGCUACUUAUAAUAAGUCGGAGGGGUGAUAACAAUACGGUGGCCAUACCAGUUUUGGAGUUCCUGUCACUUCUGAUCCAUUCAUCAAGUCAUCUGUUCACGAACUUUACGCCGAAGCAGAACAUGUAUGUGUGUGCCAUAUUGCUGCCAUAUACGAAGCCCCAUCGCUAUGACCAUUACACGGUAACUCUGGCUCAUCACGUAUUUGCUGCAUGGUUUCUGAAGUGUAAGCUUGAGCAGCGCAAGAAUUGUGUGGGGUAUAUCAUGUCGUCAAUGGCCUUCAAUGCCGAUAUGCUGACCAAAGACGAUGUCACUGUGAAUCAAGAUUCAUCCGAUCGCAAGCGGAGCACAAGCAUGACGGAACAUGGCAGCCGGAACAGCGCUGAGACUCGCAACGAUGCCGAGACGCGUCUACAGAAUUUGCGCAACUUUCACGUGGAGUUGGCGGAGACGUGCUCCGAUUUUCUGGCACGGCACACCUACUCGCCGUGUCCCUCGUUGCCCAAGCGCUUUCCAGCCAUUGACCAUCUGCUCAAGGAUGGUGUGUCGCAGACCUGGCUGGUGGGUCACAAUUUAAUCACAAUAACAACCGCAGGUUGUCCAUCGGGCCCAACACGGAAUGGACUUUGUGAACGGUGUGCACAGCUGGGCAAGAGUCGGAGCAUCAGCUUGAAUUCCAAGAGUCUGAACGAUAGUGGAGCACAACCAACUCUGUCUCCAGAGCAGGAACGUCGCUACACAAAGCUGAGUUUGCAGCACAGCAGCGGUAACAAGAGCGCUGGAAGCACAGAGCAAACAUCAUCGAUCUCUGCAUCAAAUUCGGGAGCACAUCCUCAUCGUCAGAUCUCCAACAGUUCAACUGUCUCACUGGACACGUAUUCCAGACGCGGCUCGAAUCCAGAACCUAGCAAUCUGGUCGAAGGUUCGCAUACGGGCAGCAACACUUCAUUGUUGGGCAAUUCCAUGUCGUUGUCCACGGCCAGCAUGGGACCAUCGGUCUUGGGCUCCGUUGUUCAGCAACCGGUUUGUGUUCGCGCCUGCACUGGCUGGGCAGAGAUCUACAUAAGGCGUCCAACGGGAAACAUCUCGUGGAUAACGCGUAUUCAGAAUCCAAUUGCAAAUAAUUGCUUUGGUCAGGAUCUACCCUUCAAUCACAUGGUCUCACUGUUCUUGCCCACUUCUUAUGGAGGAGUAUUCGGGCCGGAUAACAUAAUGUUGCCGCAGCAGCAGCAGGAACAGCAAAUGGAGGCACAGUCCGUGCAACAAGUGGAAAUGGAGCCGGCGUUGGCUACGGCUACGGCUACGAUUCCGGCAGCCACCGAAAUGCGCCAGCGAAUGACGGCCAAGGCGCGUGCCUUGCAACGGCAGGAGGAGAUUCAUCAUUCUGUGAGCAUUGCCAGUGAAGGCACUGCAGCCAUUGACAUACCCAUACCGAGGAUGGCCGGCAAACGUGGCAAGGAGGCAGCUCUGAGUGGCAGUGUCAGCGACGGGGAGGCAGAUGACGAUGCCUUGGCAUUUGGCGAUGACCAGAGUAGAGCACGUAAUCCCGUGCGACGCGUUAACUCCAGCCCAGAGAUGAGCUCCAGCUGGCGUCAGGCGAUUCUUGCUGCCAAGCCGGCGCCUCUAUCCCAGGAGCCAGAGGUUGUCAUGGCGUCACUGGAGGAACCGCUGUUGCCGUCGAAGAAAAAGAAUGUGCAAUACAGUACGAAAGAUAUGCGUGUCAGUUGUGAGGCGAUUCCCGAGGAGAUUGCUGGCUCAACGCCACCGCUGGCAGCACAGGGAUUAAAGUUCCCACUGCAGCCAGGAUCGGGAACAUUGCCGCCCAAGCAACACUCGGCGGAUGAUGUCAGUAGCCAAGUGGCGGGCACUGCAGCUCAGCCAGCUCUUGUACAGACCUCCGCCUCGGCAUCCUCUCUAAAACUAGCUGCCGUUGGUAAGCCACCAUUGUCACCUGGCCAAGCACAGUCAGCUACCACGACCGCACCCAAACAGACUCUAGCUCCUGUCGCCGCUAAGCCGACGAGCUAUGUGAAUGCUUCCUUGGGUCUUGCCAAACUCAACAGUGGCGGCAACGGCAAUGGCACUAACUCCGCCGUUAGUUCCGAUUACAACAAUGGUGGAGGUGACAUGAUGCGUGGACGCUCCAAGACCAUAUCCGUGGUGCGUGAGGUGAACAACGGCAAAGCUCGUCCGCCGCCGGCCAGCAGCUUUAGAAGCUUUGGUGCUGCCAAGCCACCGACCAGUGCCCAGUUGUGUAUGAAUCCCAGCUUUGCGUUCCUGCAACUCUAUUGCACGGGACAACUGAGCGUGACUGCGACACCACUAAAAGUUGGACCCGAGCAGUCCAGUGUUUUGACGUUGCUCGAUCUUCUGCCACCAUUUGAGACUCACAAAAUAGGUGUCCUCUACGUCGGUCCCAAUCAGUGCAACAAUGAGGUGGAGAUCUUGCGAAAUUCUCAUGGCAGCACUCGUUAUGUGGAGUUCCUGCGCAGCAUUGGAACCUUGGUCAGUAUCGUGGAAGCCGAACAAAACAAUUUAUUCAUUGGACUGGACAAAUACGGCGUUGAUGGCAAGUUUGCUUAUAUAUGGAAGGACGACACACUCCAGGUCACCUUCCAUGUAGCCACAUUAAUGCCAACCAAUCUGCAGGAUGAUCCCAACUGCUAUGAAAAGAAGAAACACAUUGGCAACGACUUUGUUAAGAUCAUUUACAACGAAAGCGGCGAGGAAUAUAAUCUAAACACAAUAUCAGGUCAGUUUAACUACGCCUGUGUGAUUGUGGAGCCGCUGGAGCUGAACUCGAAUCGUGUCUAUGUAAACGCACGUUCGGAUAUCUCAAAGUUUGUGAGCCAUCCCGAGCCGAGAAUAGUCUCCGAUCGCAGUGCUCCAUUGCUAGCUCGACAAAUGGCACUUCAUGCAAAUCUGGCCUCACUUGUAUAUCAAAGCAUUCAACAGGAGCAUCCAUAUGCAUCCAAUUGGCUCGAAAGGUUGCGCAGAUUGAAACGCUUGCGAUCUCAGCUCAUUGAACAACAACAAGUGCAACAAGAGAAGAAUCAACAGGAAAAAAAUCAACAACAAAACAACAAUCAGCAACAAAACAACAAUCAACAACAAAACAAUCAACAACUAAGCGGCAAGCUGGACGUCAAGCCGGAAGGCAAGCUGGACGGAAAGUCAGACGUUGCUGAUCAGCGAGUGGACUUUACCAAAUUUACAUAGAUACUAUAUAUAACUAGAUACUGUUUUAUACAUAUUGCACCCCCGACACAGACUUGUACAUUUUAUAAAAAUUUAUAAGCUACGAGAUGCCCAUAGGGAAGGAAGGACACCACACCACAUCCUAAACAAAUACUACACUAUUUAUAACCACAAUAUGUUGAUAAUUAUAUUUUAUUUCCGUCAACUUUCGUCAAGCUUUAAGAUACAUAAUUUGAUUAUAAUAUUACA